GAUUUUCCUGCUAUAUUAAUUGCACCACACCUGUCAAGAUGUUCAAGUCAAAGCGAAAGUCAAAGAAGUUGGAGAUAUCGGCUCCAACAAACUUCUGCCACCGUGUGCACACUGACUUUGAUGAGCGGCAAAAUAAGUAUGUAGGCCUGCCGCUCCAGUGGGUCUCCCUGGUGGAGCGCAACGCCAAGGCGCUGGAGACGCGGCCUCGUGGUGUGGUGGACCCUCUGCAGGUCACACCCACAGACAUGAUGGACCUCAACAAGCCGGUGGUGCGCGGCUCGGCCAGUCCGGGCGCCGGCGGCGCUCAGCCCGUGCACAACGGCGUGGCCGUGCUGCCGCGCUCCAGCAGUGUGGCGCGCAGCAACUCGCUGCGCCAGCACUCGCCGCCGCUGCGGCUGCGCGCCGCCCAGCGCGGCCGGCCGGCGCAGGGCCCGCUGCCAGAGGAGGGCGGCGAGGAGCCGCGGCCGCCGCCGCCCGGCCACGGGCCCGCCGGAGACGGACAGGGCGCGCCGCGCGGCCCCGGCUACGGGCCGUCCGACCCGACCGGCUACGGCGGGCCGCAGGCGGGCGGACCGCUCUACGGCAACACGCGGCCGCCGGGCCCGCCGCCGGCCAACCUCAACGACAGCCGCGAGGGCUGGCCGGCGCCGCACCGGCCGGCGUCAGCACUGUCCGGGGGCGGCGCGCCGCUGCCGCAGCCGCGACACCAGCCGCACCAGUCGCCGGCACUGCAGGACGCCUACCGACCGGGGCCGCCGGCCGGGCACCAGCCGCCGCCGCACCAGUCACCGCACCAGUCACCGCACCAGCAGCAGCAUCCACAGCAGCAGCACCCACAGCAGCAUCAACAGCAGCAGCAGCCGCAGCAGCCACAUCAGCCACAUCACUGA